AUGCAUAAGUUCAGUGUGCUGUAUAUAUUUUAUAUCCUCGUCGUGAUUGCUGAUCAAGACUUAGCUGGCCCACUGGUCUUUUGCUUAUUAUUCGGAGCUUCUUUGCUGCUGCAUGGAAAACUUUCUUUCGGGUAUAUUUACGGGAUUGGAGGCCUAGGAUGCAUCGGCAUGUACGCUUUGUUAAAUAUGAUGGCUGCAGAGAAGGGCAUAUCAUUUACUUGUACAGCCAGCGUUCUGGGAUACUGUCUCCUUCCUAUGGCGUUACUUAGUAUGCUUGCUGCCGUCUUGAGUUUGAAGGGGAUUCUCGGGGCAGCUCUGGCCGGAGCUGCAGUUUUAUGGUGUAGUGUUUCCUCAUCAAAGCUGUUUGUUAUCACCUUGGCUGUAGAGAAGCAGAGGUUUUUAAUUGCAUAUCCGUGUACACUUUUGUAUUCCGUAUUUGCGUUAUUGGCCAUUUUUUAA